GUUUAAAGAAGCGCGGCGUUUCCUCAGACCGAACCCGGAAGUAAAAUGCCUCCAUUCAUAUGAUAAUUGGACACCCGUCUGUUAGGUCGAGUGUUUUAUGGCUGUAUGUUUACACUCUUAUUGUAUUUACGGCUGUGUGUAACUGUAGCGGAGUGUUUGAGGAGUCACGUGCGUUAAGUCGAGUUUAGCGAUAACAGAAAGAACUCCAGCUCCCAGAAUCCCCCGCUGUACGGGUGUGUUAGCUCAGCGCUAACUCCUCUGGAGCGGUCAGUGUGCGUCACUGGUGUGUGUGUGUGUGUGUGUGUGCGCGCGCGAGGAUGUGGAGACAGGUGAGGAACCUGCGGAGGAGCCGGACGGUGAGGUACGGAGUGCCCAUGCUGAUGCUUGUGGUUGGAGGAUCGUUCGGUCUGAGAGAGUUCACACAGAUUCGAUAUGAUGCUCAGAAAAUAAAGAGGAAGAUGGACCCUGCACUGGAGGCCCGAGUGAAGUCGCACCCUCACACAAACAUCCUGCAGGAAGAAUAUGAGAAGCUGCAGCAGGUGGAUUUGGACAACUGGAUGAAUAUCCGUGGACCAAGACCCUGGGAGAACUCAGAGCAGAACCAGGAGGAACACAGAGCGCAGCUCACCAAGGCCACGUAGAGUGCAGGUGUAACCAACUAAAGGACUGACCUAGAAGAUCGACAGCGCCCCCUCUCUGCUAGGAAGAGACCACACACAAACACAGAUAGUUAAUGUUUCACUCGGAAUCACAUUUAGAAAAAGAAGCACAUAAUGCGCUAAAAAAACACAUUAGCUGCGUUCCAUUCUGAAGUGUAUUUCACAGGGUGUAAAGUAGUAAAUGACCUGACUCCUAUUGGCCUCUGAUCAGGGUUGCGUCACUAUACUUGUGUUACGCGACCUCAGUGCAGCUUUUGACACCAUUAUUCUCCUUCACAGAUUAGAAAAUGUAGUAGGAAUUAAAGGAACGGCCCUCUCCUGGCUCAGAUCCUAUCUGACUGAUCGUUAUCAUCAUUUACUCUGUUACAUUAACUUGAGUAACUUUUUGAAGUAAAUGUUCUUCUAUGAGUAGUUUUACUGCACCGGACUUAUAACAUUUACUUGAGUAGAUUUGUGAUGAAGAAACGCUCCUCUCACUCCGCUACAUUCGGCUACACUCGACUUGUUACUCUUCUAACCAUUUAUUCUACACAUUAGAUAUUCUUUAUUUUUGUCAGAGAAAUGCAGCCGGUGGAUCUACCACAUUACUGUGUUUCACCAAUCAGAUGUAGCAACAAUAAUCACAUGACUCCGUUUGACCAAUCAGCUGCAAUAACAAUAACUACAUGUAGUCACAUGACCACACACAAAUGCUAAAAAGUGGGGGGAAAAAUCUUAGGUAGACAGCGAAGGAAACAAGUCAUGUUAGUUUAGCUGUUUCACUGGAUGUUGCAAUGUUAAAAUAUAUAAUUUGCAAAUAGGCUAGAGGCUAAAAGAUAUAAGUUCCUUACAUUUGUUCUGCUGGAGACAGUUUAUGGUAAAGUGAGACUCUUUUACAUGUUCUAAUGUUAUUUUCUAUCUGCUGAGCCAUUUGGAGGGAAACUGAAUACAGUUUAUCUUACACUAGAAAUAGUUUACACUGUUCGAACACAUGUUACCUACAGUAGGGGUUUAUUUUAAAAGCUUAAUGUUGUGAGAAAAGUGAUAUUAGGAAAUUUGUAUUUCUUGUUCAUGAAUUUGCUAUUUUGUAAAAAUAUUUAGUUUCAUUAAUUAAUUUUUAUUUAUCUCAUUUGUUAUUUGGAAAUGUCAAAAUUUGUACAUUUCAUCGUUCUGUCUGGCUGCUUACAUAAUAAAAAAAAAAAUUGACAUUACGAUGGAACAGUUACUCUGUACUUCAGUAUCUUUUCACCAAAUUCAUUUUUACUCUUACUUGACUAAUAUUUUGGAUGACCACCUUUUACUUUUACUUGAGUAAUAUUAUUUUGAAGUACAGCUACUCUUAGUUGAGCACAAUUUUAGGCUACCCACCUCUAGUUAUUAAUUUGUAUAUUUAAAUGGUGACUAUUCUGCAUGUUCUCAUGUGGA